AUGGCUGUGAAUUGGGGAAUUAUAUCUUUUGGUUUUGUCUCCAUUACAGCCGGUACGGCCAUGCCAACUUCAGCACAAGAUGGGCACUGCUCCCACCCCAAUGAUACACUCGCACCCUCCGAGCUGAACCGUUCGGACUAUCGGACACUACAGCAGAGUGUUCAAGAAAUGCGUCGAAUCUGGCAUAGAAUGAAAUGUGGCAAUGAGACACCUACAUCUAUUGACAAAGUCUGUUGUAGCUCUUGGUGUGAGCAGUUGACUUAUUUUUUCAGUCAGGCGUCUUCUUGGAAAGAUCACUGUUUCAAAAUGUGGGGAUGCAGAAAAAGUGAAAAAACUCGCAAGCAGUUUUCUGUGAUAUUGACAAAUACAACCGACUCGUCGUAUUUGGGCAGAAUCAAAGUGAAACAGUGCUGGAAACUGAAUUUUUCUGCCAUCAAGCUAACACCAUCAAGCGAGUCCCCAGGAAGGAAACUUGUUGACACCAUUCUAAAAGAAGUGACCAGCUCUUCUGGAAAUAAAGUAACUCAAGAAAAAAUGGAACGCACUUUCCUCACUGUCACUGAUUUGGAGGAGUUCAUUGGGAAUUAUGCCCAAAAUCGCCUUAAUCAAACCGUACCUAAGAUUGACAUCCGUGGUAAACAUGCAGAUAUUUUGGUCAGGAAGAUUUUCCACAAAAAUGAGACUGGAGUACAAUUUGAGGAUGAUAAAGGAGAAAACUAUGUCAGUGUCCCUGUUACAGGCUUGGAUAACGGAUCAGUUGUACUUUGUGUCAUUUACAAAGAUCUCCAUGAGGUAUUCCAAACAGGCCAGCCAAACAGUAAUAUCCUGUCUGCAACGAUAUGGCCGAAGAACCACACUCUCAGGAAGAAUGUUACGUUGAGAUUUCGAAACCUAGCGGAUGCACCGAACAGAAGCUGCGUGUUUUGGAAUACUUCAAAAAACAGUUGGUCAGGACAAGGGUGUCUCCUAACAUCGAGGAACGAAUUUUAUACCGAGUGCAGCUGCAAUCAUUUGACUCACUUUGCAGUUCUUAUGCAGUUUGACAGGGGAACCAGCAGUAACUUUUUAAGUAAGACUGACGAAACAGCGCUGGAAAUUCUUACAUAUGUGGGCUUGUCUUUUUCUCUGGUUGGAAUCACUUUAACAAUCAUCAGUUAUGCUGUUCUUACAGACAUGAGGGGACCUUUAUCUCAGAUUCGAGUGAGUCUAGUCGCUUCACUUGGUGCAG